GGGAGGGAGCGGGCGAGCCAGCGAGCUUAGGAGUAGUGUGAGGGAGCGGCCGUAGCGGCGUGGGAGCUGCCUGUUUGAGGAGCAGCCCGGAGCAGAGGCGGCGGGAAGGCGGCGGCGGCGGCGGGCGCCAUGAGCGGGGGCACUCCUUAUAUCGGUAGCAAGAUCAGCCUCAUCUCCAAGGCGGAGAUCCGCUACGAGGGCAUCCUCUACACUAUCGACACCGAGAACUCCACCGUAGCCCUCGCCAAAGUUCGAUCCUUUGGUACAGAAGACAGACCAACAGAUCGUCCAAUACCACCUCGAGAUGAAGUCUUUGAAUACAUCAUAUUCCGUGGGAGUGAUAUUAAAGACCUCACUGUCUGUGAGCCACCCAAACCACAAUGUUCUUUGCCUCAGGACCCAGCCAUUGUUCAGUCCUCACUAGGGUCCUCAUCAUCUUCAUUCCAGUCAGUGAGUUCCUAUGGACCGUUUGGCAGGAUGCCAACAUACAGUCAGUUCAGCCCAAGUACAUUAGUUGGGCAGCAGUUUGGUGCAGUUGGUGUUGCUGGAAACUCCUUGACAUCUUUUGGAACAGAAACAUCAAACAGCGGUACCUUGUCCCAAAGUAGUACAGUUGGUUCUACUUUUACACAAGAUACAAGAUCUAUUAAAACCCAGUUAUCUCAAGGUCGUUCAAGCCCUCAGUUAGACCCUUUGAGAAAAAGUCCAACCAUGGAACAAGCAGUACAGACCGCCUCGGCCCACUUACCUACUCCAGCACCUGUUGGGAGAAGGAGCCCUGUAUCAACCAGGCCUUUGCCAUCUACCAGCCAAAAAGCAAUAGAGAAUCAAGAGCACAGGCGAGCUGAAGUACACAAAGUGUCAAGGCCAGAAAAUGAGCAACUCAGAAAUGACAGCAAGAGACAAGUAGUUCCAAGUGCUCCUUCAGCUCCAAGAAGAGGGCGUGGGGGUCACCGGGGUGGCAGGGGAAGAUUUGGCAUUCGACGAGACAGUCCGAUGAAAUUUGAGAAAGACUUUGACUUUGAAAGUGCAAAUGCACAAUUUAACAAGGAGGAGAUUGACAGAGAGUUUCAUAAUAAACUGAAAUUAAAAGAAGAUAAACUUGAGAAACAAGAGAAACCUGUAAAUGGGGAAGAUAAAGGAGACUCAGGAGUGGAUACCCAAAACAGUGAAGGAAAUGCUGAUGAAGAAGACCCGCUUGGACCUAACUGCUAUUAUGACAAAACUAAAUCCUUCUUUGAUAAUAUUUCUUGUGAUGAUAAUAGAGAAAGGAGACCAACCUGGGCUGAAGAGAGGAGAUUAAAUGCUGAGACAUUUGGAAUCCCACUUCGUCCAAACCGUGGCCGUGGGGGCUACAGAGGCAGAGGAGGUCUUGGUUUUCGUGGCGGCAGAGGACGUGGUGGUAGCAGAGGAGGGACUUUUACUGCCCCUCGAGGAUUUCGUGGUGGAUUCAGAGGAGGGAGAGGGGGCAGAGAGUUUGCAGAUUUUGAAUAUAGGAAAACCACAGCUUUUGGACCCUAAAAGGUCUGGAUUGAUCGUACUGCUUUCUGAAAGAAAGACAACAAAGUUGCUGCAUAGUCUGCAAACAAGUCUUUGAAAAAAUAGGUGAAUUUCUAGCUCUUCAUGGUCCUGAAAAUUGGUUUCUGUCAUUGUGGAGAAUGAAGAAGUGAAUUUGCUGUAAAUUUGUCACCAGCACUGGGUUUUGUUUAUUUUCUGCUUAAUUUCAAAGAUAAAAUGCAGUUACUUUUCGAGGGAGGGUGGGGGCGGAGGGGUGGGCAGCUCAUCUUUUAAAAAAUGAGCGUUAAAUAUAUUUGGAACAGCAAAACUUUAAGUAACUUUUUGUAUAGUUAAACUAAAGCUGUACUUCAGUGGGACUUACUAGUUUUUGUUUUUUUCUUUUCAUCACUGAAAGGAUUUUUCUUAUCACUGAAUUGUAUUUGGCAAUUAUUGCAAGUUGCCCGCAGACAGGGCCGUGAUACUGUGUUUGGAGCCACAGAAGGGUGUGUGUGUGUGUGUAUGUGUGUGUGUGUGUAUGUGUGUGUGUGUGUGUGUAUCUUGAAAUCCUAUAAUGAGGUAGCUUAUUUCGUCAAUUAAUUAGGGUGCUGGAUGGUAGAGAUUUUUGUCAGUCAACUAUGUAUACACAGUAAAUACUGUUUCUUAGGCAAAGGUAACUUUUUUAUAUAGUUGUAAAAUUCCAUUAUAUUCCAUUGCCAAAGAAACAUUAAGAACUUUGUAUAGCUGUAUAAAAAGCAACUAAUUUUUUAAAGAAUAAACAUUUUAAAGUCAGCAACCAUACUGUGUCCUUGCAGAAAUCGAUGAGCUGAGGAGCAGGGUCACGGUGGCUCUUCUUUCUCUGAGCUUUUCAGGCUACGGUUUUUUGAUUUCUUUUUUUAAUGUUUGGAACAUAAAUGAAGAUUUGAUACGUUCUUCCAUUAUCUAAAAAGGUUCCUGCUCUGUGUCAGAACUUCUUUUUGUAGCAAAUGGCAUACCACAGGAUUUGUCUGAAUAAUAGAUAUUUUCAGAAUAUGAAUGUAAAUAAUCAUAGAUAAGAAUGUACUGGCUGUAUUUUCAAAUAAGUAAUCCUCCCUUCCUUUUUUUUUUCUUUUAACACAUUAAAACUAGGCAUCAACCUGUUCUUGAACAUACCUGUUUUUGUUGUUGUUGUUGUUUUUGCAAUAACAUUGACUCAUUCCAUUAUGUUUCAAGAGGAUUUAGAAUAUUCAAAAUUAUUUUGGCAACAUUAUCAUUGGCAUUGGUCCUUGGGCCUGUGACCCACAAAUGACUCAAUAUAGAGUUCACGGCUAAUUAUAAAUUACUGAUCAAACCUUUUGAUAUUUAAGCUGUAGUAGAAAAAAUAAUCUGGCCACUUUUGUGUUUUUAUGAAGGCCAUGGAAUAAAGGGAUCCAAAGAUUUAAGUAUUUUUA